CCCCUCCCACUUUUGCUGAAAAUGUCAGGCCAGAAUGGUGAUAAUCCUCCCCUCCCCCACUUGAUCCACACCACCUAUCAGUAUUAAGCUCCAGGGUGGGGGAGGGCUACCUGUGGGUAAUUGACUUGGCGAGCCUCCCCCUGAGUAGUGAGAACUGUCUUUGACAAAAUACGCUACCAAGUGGACAGAAAUGUGAUAUUUACAAGGUGCCUGAAGGUGGGAAAUUUGAGUCUGGCAUCUUGAAAAUGUCGAAUUCCCCUGGGUCUGCAAGCCCCUCCCUACUCCUGGGCUUAGUUGAGGCAGACUUUCAGCUCCAGCCCCAGGACUCCAGCUAUUCUUUUUUAAGUAUGAAAAUUGUAGAACAGCGUCUUCAACCCCCAAGACCCGAUAUACAACUAAAAAAUGGUUAAAAAUCAACCUUAUUUUGAUAUACGUUAGCUUAUUACAGUAGUCCUGUCGACGCUAGCUUCGUCAAUGCACCAUGGACAGCAACAUCAGUACAGUCACGGUAGCUUCUGAUUUGAAUGCAUCCUUGAAACAUUCUAACAAAUAACCGAAUCUGACGAUGACUUGAACAAGUUUUUCUUGCAUAAGGGUCUUUAACGGACAGAUUUCGCUAUCGUGAACAGAAUACAAAGCUUUCGAAUUUCAUAAUCACAGAGGCUAGUCGGGCCAGCGCCAGCAGCGCAGAGGACAAAAGAGUAGCAAAGUCCAACUCGUCCUGGACUGGGGCUUACCAUUCUUUUCUAUUCGAUGAUCUGAUUGGGUAAUCCAAAAUGAGCGCCAUUUUGGAUUUUUCUGGUGCAGUUUGGUGAAGCUUGAGGUAAACAAAAUGAUUACGAUGAAAAUAUGUGAUUUGUGGCUGUCGUGACUGUGAUGGCAACGCGCAGUGUGUUUGUUUUGGCUACUGUCGUGUCUAUUCGUGACAAAUUCUGCUAUCCUUGUUGCACUCGAUGUCACAAGAAAGUUCAUACAAGAGAAGACGAUGUAACAUUCUGGUGUGAGGGAUGCAGCGUGAAGUACAGUGCAGAGGUUGUUGAGUAUCGGUACCGGAUCAGUGUUUUGGCGUCAGACAGAACACAGAUGGCACAGAUCACAGUGUUUGGUGCCUGUCUGGACAGGUUCUUUGGCACAUCAGCCACAAGCUUUGUGAGGUUUGUUAACAGUGUACAAUCUGAUGCAUGUUCUUUCAUCCCAUGGUUUCGUGCUGUUCACCAAGCUAUGGAGCAGUGUUUCGUUGGUGCCUUGUUACAGUUUGGUUUCAGAAUCUAUUCACCUUGCAGAACAGCUUCUCAAAUCUCCCGCAACUCUCCUUUUCGCCUCAAAAACAUUGUAAACAAGCAGCACAAAUCAGCAAGAGAAGGUUGCCUGCCUGAAAAAUUUCCAAGUCUUCUAGCUUGCCAAAUACUGCCUUGCUCCUCAAGCGACCAAAGCCCUACGGUGUUUCAGAUAUUGAAUGAAUAUUUACAACAGUUACACAGACGCACACCAGAAUCACUCAGUCUAAGGAGCUCUCAGCCCUCGCCACUAUCUCAAGCGAGUUACGAGGCGUUUUUAGCAGCAAGACGCGCGUCUCUUCAAGAAACAAGAGCGUCAUCAAUUUACUGCACACCACAAGGCUUUGGUUCCAUGAUCACACCUCUUGCGUUAACAGGUUUAUCACAACCUUCUUCUGGUAGUGUGCCAUCACAAGGGAGUGGGCAGGGAUCACAUACUCAGGGCAAGAGGAAGUUCGAUCCUGCUUUUCCAGAUCUCGACGACCCACUUCCCUUCCGAAACGAAGUCAUGAACAGCAAGAGCACACACUGUCCCCCUUGUAUGAUUCAGUCCUUGACUCCAGCCAUCUUGAAACCCAGGGAAACAAACACUGAAGACGUUGAUGACUUCACGGAACAGCAUUUUUCUCAUGAAUGGACGGAGUAUGACGACUUCCCUUCAUCUGAGGAUCUCAGUGCAUUUCUGGCUGAUGUGGAAAGGGACGCUUUUGGUAAAGAGGACGGACAAACAAUUCCUUCCCUACACUCCACGACAACAGAAUCCGCGACGUUAAAAGACGUUGUGUGUGAGAUGACUCGCGCGUCAAAUGCAGAGGAUUUCACUGAGUUUACCGAUUUUCCAUCUUCUGAAGAUUUGGACGCAUUCUUGGCCGACAUAGAACUCGAUUGUGAAAAUAUACCAAUAAGGAAAUCUCCCACGCCUAGAUCUACCGCAACCUCUGCCGCCUCCCCGAACAGUAAACCUCACGGCAAGGUGAAGGGCUCAAAGUGUUUGGCGGUUAAAGGCCAUGUGGUCGAAGACAUUGGGAAUGCAUACGAUAUUAAGAUCUCAAGUGAAUCUCUCGAAAAUAAAGUCCAAACAUCCAGCGACACGGAACAUGGCAGUGAUAGCUUUUGUGUCCAAGAGGAAGCGAGGCUGCCUUGCCGAGCGAAGUGUUCUUCGUGCUCGGAUAAAAUCAUGCAUGGCAGGGAUUGUUCGGAUUCACAAUUAUUGAGAGACUGCGACAGUGUUUUCGCUGACAUGACUGAAAAUAUGCGCAUUGAUGGCAAAGCAGUGGGCAAAUCUAGUCAGUUACUUGAAAGAAUAAACUUAAGCAGCCAGCGAGGAUCUAUUUCGCAGAAUAGUCACGAAGACGUGAGUAAUCUCAGAACGAGGCGAAGCAGGCCCUUCUGCCGAUCUAGAUCUACUGAAGAAUUUCACGAAAAGGACAUGGUUUGUGAUACGCCCUUGAGAAAUGAGCAAACUAAAAAAAUGCGGUCACGUGAUGAUCAUAAUGCAAAUGAAACCGACGAGGGUCAACUGGGUGAUCGAUUGACGUCUAUGGAUCACCAUGGUAACAGUGGGGUCUCGAUGAUAAAUGGCAGUUGCGACAUGAUGACCUCUGCACCCUUCUCUCCUGAUUUGUUUUCUCAAUCGUUGUCUGUUGUGGAAGGUUGUUCUAAGUCAGCGGAUCUCUUUUCCUCUCCAAGACUCGUUGAAGGUGAAACGCGUUCUCCGUGUACCCAUGGCGGCGCAACGCCCGACCUGUUUUCGCCUCGAACAAGUUCUGCCAUCCAUACCCGUUCUUGCAGCAAGGAGGAACUUCACUCAGUCCUUCUGUUCUCAAGUUCUGAAUGUUCCCACCUACCCGUGUGUGAAAACGAGGCUGCCUCACUUUCAAACGUUGAAAAUGAGUUUAACAGGAGUUCACUUCUUGUUAAUUUACAUUCUACACCCUAUGGUAUUGGCAUUCCUUCUAGAAUGUUGAGUAAACCUUGGACUCCCAUUCAAGUUUCUCCAUUGGUAGCCAGCACAGGAUCUAAUCGGUGUAACGAUAUCAAUCUACAGGGAACUCCAGUUCUUUUUUCUCAGCUGUCAAACGGCAGUUUAUGAACCGAGUACCUCGAGUCCAUUGUGGUGUAAGACUGACAUUUGACUCAAUUAAAGGUGGACUGAUCGGCAAAUUAUUCAUUUUCAAAUGGUGGAUGGUGAAGAGCCAGUGCAACUGGUGAGUUUCCUUCGAAUUCCAUUCCUAGUGAUAGUUGACACCACGCCGGGUCUUUGUUUUGUUAUCUGUUGCCAUAUUUUAGGAAAGCUGCAUCACCUGUUCGUAUAAGAGCACUUGUUUGACUGAAUGGACAAUAAAUGUUAAUCCAGACUUACUUACUGAAAAAAAUAAAUAAAUAGGAAUUUGCAGUGGUAUACCCCACGGAGAGGCUCUUCGUCCACUGUUUCUAGAUCGAAAUGGAACUUAGAACUUAGAAGUGUUGGUUGUUGUGGAGCAAGGAAAAUCGGAGAACCCGGAGAAAAACCCUCGAAGCAAGGCGAGAGCAAACAACAAACUCAACCGCACUUUUGACGCGGGGCUCAGAAUUCAAACCUAACCCACAUUGGUGGGAGGCGAGCACCACUGCAACAUGCCUGCUCCUCUUUGCCCCUCGUAAGGCAUAAGGCUUCUACCAUAGUUCCCCCUCGGACCCUGCUCUUUGCGAUCUUUAACUAAUCCAGGCUAUACCCUUAAAAUUAUGGGCAAAAAGUACUCCACUAAAGGUCAGGAACAAGCACCGUACUCCCUUUGAGCGAGACUCAUUCCCAGUCCCUAUUUAUUUGGUAUCCAAAGGUUGACGAAGGACCAGGGGGGAAACUUGCCUAGUUCUUAGGCCUCAAUAUUUCGCCGCGGUCAAUAUAAUCAUGUCGGGUCACAUGGUCCGGGGUCGUGAAGGCCUGGGAGAAAGCCGUACAGGAACUCGGCAAGGGAGAGCCGACAU